AUGGUGUCCACCCUCAUUGACUGUAUUCAUUCUGCCUCACAUGAGGUAGAUUUGCUAAUAGAAGGCACCUCCGCUUCUGGUGAUACGGCUGAAAUCUCUUAUAAGCUACUGAAAUUUAGAUUGGGAAACCUCAAGAUGGUUCUUCUCUGCGCCAAAAUGUUGGGCAUCGACUUAAGUCCAUCAUCUUUGGUAAAGACUGAAGGUUAUGUUCGAAAAAUCGCAGAGUUUAUUCCAACUUUUGAUCCUAAAAGCGUACGUGAUUACUCCUCUGCCCCUUCUUGGGUACUGGAAUACUGUAGGUCUCUUCUUACGCUUGCUAAAAGAUUGCACACUCCACUCCUAGAUGUCCCGCGCCAAUCGAUUUCUUUUCCUGUAAACCAAAUCCUGGAAUUCAUUAGUUUCUCCCUGGAGAAUCUAGAGAAUUAUCAGGAUUUGCGAAGGGGUCUCCCUUGCGAACUGCGUGAUGCAAUUAAAGCCUUGCAACAGCAGUUGACAUUCUUGCAAAGUCUCAUCCAGUUUGUCAUACAGAUAAAUGUUGAAGACCAGGAAGAUUUGUUGGCUCAUGCUAGAGCUGUCACUAUUGAUGCUGCGUUUCUUCUUUUCGAUGAUGGAGUUUCCAAGCGAAAUCUAUCAAGACUUGUGUUACGUGAAAGCUUUGCAGAAAACAAGGUGUUGGAGUUUUCAAGAUUGAUGCAAAAGAUCAAGCCUAUUCAUCCUCAGGUCUAUAAGACUUACACUGAAGCACUGAUCAGCUCGAAGUUUGGGGAAAAAUUACUUGUUCCUCCUGAUCAAGGUAAAGAAGAUGAUGAAUCCCUUACUGCAACCAGCAAUCUCCUUUCUUCUCUCGUUUCUGUUUUUUACGAGGAGCUGGCGCAGAGUUCCAGUGUUAUGUUUCCCAUCAAGGAUCAACUGCAAAAGCUCUAUGAAGGACUCAGGUCUUUAAGAAAAGUGAUACUCAAGCACCCCGAAAAACUUGAUUCCAAAAUGAGGGGAGACAUUGUUAAUGUGAUAUGUGAUGCUGGAGUCUUCAUUUGCUCAUUCCAAAUGAAACAUGUGGAUACAGAUCUUAGUCUCGUGAAGGAAUUGUCAGAAGCAAUCAAAAUGAUUGUUUUGGCAAGCCUUGGGAAGAAUGAUGCACAAGUAGCAAUGUUCUUCAACUCACGAAGCACUACUCAGUUGGCCUUCGUCGACUUUUUAAUAGAAAAGCUGAUGGAGCUGACAAGAAACAAUGAUGAACCAACUGCCAAGAAUUUUGCUCAAACCAUCCAAGAAGAACUUGUCUUCUUCAGAUCUUUCCUGGAGGAAACUGUGGAGUUGCCAAAUGAUCAUCAGGAGGAACUCCAAGCUCUCAGGGGUAGUAUUUUGGAGGUGGCAAACAGGAUAGAGGACCUCAUAGAGUACCUAUUGCUUGGCAAUCUCCCAGGUUCUGAUUCAGAAUCAAUUGUUUCAAUCAUGAAAACCAUUAGCAACAUUAAGUCGGAGAUCGAAGUCUUGAAGAGACCAGAAAUCGAACUGAAGAAAGUAACGGCGAUUCACAGUAAUGUGCAAUCAACUACUCCCUUGAUGACAAAGGAAAUUGUUGGCUUUCAUGAUCGGGCAAACUCGCUAAUCAGUCGCCUCAAGAGAGGAUCAAGGCAAUUGCGGAUCGUGGCAAUUGUGGGUAUGCCGGGUCUAGGCAAGACCACUAUUGCGGAAAAAGUUUACAAUGAUCCUUCAGUCUCGUACCAUUUCUCUGUUCGUGCCUUUACUACGGUUUCCCAGUCAUUUGACAAAAAGGGAGUGCUACUUCACCUGCUAAAACAAGUUGAUCUUGAAAAAUAUUCCCAGAUUGUUUCGGAUGCAAAUGCCGAAGAUGUAGCUGAGCAACUAUGGCGCAGUUUAAAAGGAAAGCCGUAUCUCAUCGUUUUGGAUGACAUAUGGGACAUUAAAGCCUGGCAAGAGUUACAAAGAUCGUUCCCUGAUGAUUCCAAAGGGAGUAGAAUCAUGGUUACAAGUCGCAGACAUGAUAUCGUUCCUCCAGAUAUGCUCGAUGAGAAAGUUUUUGAGCUGAGAUUACUCAAUGAGGAAGAGAGCCUGGAUUUAUUGCAGAGGCAGUUAUUCGGUAAAGAUGGUUGGCCCCCUGAAUUAGGUGAGCUUGGGAAGGAAAUUGUUGAAAUAUGCAACGGAUUGCCUCUGACAAUCCUUAUUGUAGCUGGAGUUUUAAAAUCCUCGAAGCCAGAGGAUUGGAAAAAAAUCACGGAUGGUUUAAGCUCUGGCGAUAUAUCAGACCGCUGCAGGGAUACACUGGAGCUGAGUUAUAAACAUCUACCUGAGCAUUUGAAGCCAUGCCUUCUGUAUUUUGCGACGUUUCAAGAAGAUCAACAGCUCUCGGUCAGGAGGUUGCUUUCGUUAUGGAUGGCUGAAGGAUUUGUACGGAAAGCUGAGAUGAAGCGCCUAUCAGAUGUUGCUCAAGAGUAUCUAUAUGAUUUGAUUGGAAGAAGCUUGCUUAUGGUUUCUAAAAAAACAUCCAUGGGCCAAGUGAAAAGGUGUCGCAUUCAUGACUUGCUUCAUGAAUUUUGUUUGCAGAAAUCCAAAGAGGAGCAGUUUUUCCAUUUCCUCGAAGGAGAUUGCGAAGAAUUGUCAGGAUUCAACGAGCCAGGGUAUCUGCAGAGGUUAUGCAUUCACUCCGUUGCAGAGGACUUCAUUCAGUCAGAGGUAUUCUGUCCACGUGUACGUUCUCUGCGUUUCAGAUACUCGGAAGAUCGAGUGUCGCAAAGUUUCACGUUAAUGAUGCACAUCUGCAAACGCCUUCGAGUGUUGGAUUUGGAGCAAGUUUAUUUAGAUGGCUGGAUUCCAAGCGAAAUAGGGCAGCUUGUCCGGUUGGCGUACCUUGCAAUCGGAGGCUUUAUGUGGGAGAUCCCUUCAUGGAUAGGUAACCUUUUGAAUUUAGAAACUUUAAUCAUAAAGGUUGAUGGAGUCGACAGGACACCGCCGCCAGAGAGUUUCUGGAAUUUGCGUAAACUGAAGCAUUUUUCCCUGUCCAGCCAUGACAAAACAAGUUCAAGAAAUAUGGAUGUUUGGUGGCCCCUGGCGAAUAUCGACAACUCGCCUGAUUUAUGCGAGUUAGAAAGUAUGGCUGGUGUGGCCAUUCCUUGUGAUGGCGUGGAAAGAGUACUGAAAAAGUUCCCAAAUCUUCGUAAGUUGGGGCUGAAUCUCUGCGGAUUUCCAGAUGAUUCGAGUACUCUUGCCCGUGUUGUAGUUCCUGAGGCUUUGAACCAACUGGAAUCACUUGAUGUCUACCAUGAGAAAUCUUACGAGCUUAAGGUUGAGUUUAGCUUCCCGACAAACCUGAAGAGAUUGUCUUUGCGUCAAUUUAAGUUCUCUGGCAGUAUGCUUUCGAGCAUUGGUAAACUGCCAAACCUCGAAUACCUUAAAUUAGACAGUGUGCAAUUUGAAGGGAACACAUGGAUAAUGGAAGACGAGCAAUUCUCCAAACUUCGAAUCUUGAAAUUGUUUUGGUGUGAGCUUCAUCAGUGGAGUGGUUCUGAUGAUCAAUUGGGGUGUCUUGAGAAGUUGGAACUUCACCGAUGCUACAAUUUGAAAGAGAUGCCGUCUUGUUUGGAAACCAUUCCGAUGCUUCAAACAAUCAAGGCCACUUCUUGUUCUCGAACAAUGGCAUGGUUGCUGAAGAAGAUUGGGGAACAACAGGUUGAUUAUGGAAAUUCUGAUAUGAAGAUUACCAUUUCUGACAUCUCUUGCUUUUCAGAAAUAUUUUUUUCUAUCAUGAAAGAUAUCACCAAUAUUAAGUCUGAAAUCAAAGUGAUGAAGAAACCAAAAAUCAAAAUUAAGAAAGUAAUGCCGGCUCAGAGUCACGUGCAAUCAGCUAUUCCCUCAGUGACAAACGAAGUUGUUGGCUUUCAGGAUCUGACAAACUCAAUAGUUGAUCGCCUCAAGAGGAAAUCAAAGAGCUUGCGGAUCGUGGCAAUUGUUGGUAUGCCGGGCAUAAGCAAGACUACUUUGGCUGUAAAAGUGUACAACGAUCCUUCUGUCUCAUACCAUUUUUGUGUUCGUGCCUUCACUACGGUUGCUCAAGGAAAGCGAGUUCUCAUUGUUUUGGAUGAUAUUUGGGAAGCUAAAGCCUGGCAAAAGUUGCAAGCAUCAUUCCCUGAUGAUUCCAAGGGGAGUAGAAUCAUUUUUACAAGUCGUCGUCACGACGUUGCUCCUCCAACUGGAAUUUUAAGAUCCACGGAGCUAAAGGAUUGGAAGACAAUCAUAGAAAGUUCAAGGUUUGGCAAUUUAUCAGAAAGGUGGAGGGAUACACUGGAGCUCAGUUAUAGACAUCUAUCCCAGCAUUUAAAGCCAUGUCUUUUGUAUUUUGCGACGUUUCAAGAAGAUCAAAAGGUCCCAGUCAAGAGGUUGCUUUCAUUAUGGAUGGCUGAAGGGUUCGUGCGGAAAGUCGACAUGAAACGCCUGUCAGAUGUUGCUGGAGACUAUCUGACUGAUUUAAUUAGAAGAAGCUUACUCAUGGUUGCCAAACAGACAUCCAUGGGCAGAGUGAAAAGGUGCCGCAUUCAUGACUUGUUGUAUGAAUUUUGUUCUCAGAAAGCCAAAGAGGAACAUUUUUUCCAUUUCCUAGGAGGUGGAGGGUACAAUGAAUUGUCAGCAUUCAACGAGCCAUGGUAUCUACGGAGGUUAUGCAUUCACUCUGGCGCAAAGGACUUCGUUGAGUCAAAAUUAUUUUGCCCUCAUGUAGGUUCUUUGCGUUUCAAAUACUCUGAAUACCGGGUAACACAAAAUUUCUCGCCAAUGAUGCAGUUGUGCAAACUACUAAAGAGUGCUGGAUUUGGAACAGAUUCAUUUAGAUGA